GGAGCGGGGUGGCGGCGCCGCUCGCACGUCUCGCGAUCAUUCCUUCUGGCGCUCGCUUUGUUUUGUUUUAUUUAUUUACUUAUCUUUUUGCCUAACGACUGACAACAGGCGGCUGGUUGCACUUAGGGACCCUUGAAGUGGCCGGGCCUGAGAGUGAGACCCCAGUCCUAGGCUGGGGUUCUUUCCAAAUAGAGGAAACGGAUCCAGAGGGGCUACAGACCAAAAUUGUUGAGAACCAGACAUACGAUGAGCGUCUAGAGAUUAUCGACCCGGAAGAGGUUGCCAGUAUUAGCACUCCAACCCCGGGACGUCAAGGCCCUCCUUUUUCUGCUGCUCUUCCCAACAAGACGAUGGCUGAUAAUAGCAGUGACGAGUACGAGGACGACAACAAGGUGCGUGCGCAUGCGCUGUGACCCUCGGCUUCCUUUGAGAAUCGGGCUCUGGUGUGGUCAGUGCGAGAUGACGCUGAGUCUGCAGGAACACUCACCUCUAGUGCCUGAGGACCUUUGAGCUGCUGUAGGAAAAUCCUGGAGGAAAAAGUAGAGUCUUGAGAUGUUGUCUUCUUCAAGAAUAAAGCCUGCUAUUGUUAUUUCCUGUCAGAUGCUAGCUAUCAAAGCUAGAAUUUCACUUUUACUGGAGAAGAAGAAGCCCUCCCAGCUGACACCCCAGCAGGGUUUCAGUGAGAAUGAUGAUGAUGACGACGAUGACUCUUCUGAGACCGACUCUGAUGACGACGAUGACGACGAGGAACAUGGGGCACCUCUGGAAGGGGCCUAUGAUCCUGCCGACUACGAGCAUCUGCCAGUCUCCGCGGAGAUCAAGGAGCUAUUUGAGUACAUCAGCCGGUACACACCUCAGUUGAUUGAUCUGGACCACAAACUGAAACCUUUCAUUCCGGACUUUAUCCCAGCUGUUGGGGAUAUCGAUGCAUUUUUAAAGGUGCCGCGUCCUGACGGAAAGCCUGACCACCUUGGCCUCUUGGUGUUGGAUGAGCCAUCCACAAAGCAGUCAGACCCUACUGUGCUUUCGCUGUGGUUGACAGAGAAUUCCAAGCAGCAUAACAUUACGCAACAUAUGAAAGUCAAGAGCCUGGAAGAUGCAGAAAAGAACCCCAAAGCCAUUGACACCUGGAUCGAGAGCAUCUCUGAGUUACACCGCUCCAAGCCCCCUGCGACUGUGCACUACACCAGGCCCAUGCCUGACAUUGACACUCUGAUGCAGGAGUGGUCCCCGGAGUUUGAAGAGCUCCUGGGAAAGGUGAGUCUGCCCACUGUCGAGAUCGAUUGCAGCCUGGCUGAGUACAUCGACAUGAUCUGUGCUAUCCUGGACAUUCCUUUCUACAAGAGCCGGAUUCAGUCCCUCCACCUGCUCUUUUCCCUCUACUCAGAGUUCAAGAACUCCCAGCAUUUUAAAGCUCUUGCUGAAGGCAAGAAAACAUUCACCCCUCCACCCAACUCUGCCUCCCAGGCCGGGGAUGUGGAGACACUGACAUUCAUCUGAGCCUCCUCCUGGGGCUGUGUUUCCAAGUCAGAUGGAGACAUGGGCUCUGUUGGCAGCUUAACCUCUCCCUGCUCCACUCCUGGGCUCUGGCAACAUGAGUCCUGCCGCCUUGUCCUUGAGAGCAGGGCACACCUGGGUUUCACCUGCCUCCCGUUGCCUUUCCUGAGAAGGAUGUAUCCACACUGCUGUGGGCCUCUGAGUUGGAAGAACUGGAACUCUGAGAGCCCCAGGACACAGGUUGGGGGAGGAGCUUCUGAAGACACACAGUCUGUUCUGUCUGUUGUGGUGGAAUACAUACUGGUUUUCACCCAUG